CAAAGGCUGGGGUGUCUCUUUGCAGAGAAAAUCUUGGCCGUGAUUGACAGCAGGGUUGUUUUUUGCUGCUUCGCUUGCUGUUGACAAGUAAUAAUGAAGCUUUGUCAGCCCAUCAUGGACAUGGAUAUGCCAGAUUACGUUGACUCCUUGGACUCCUCUUAUACCAUGCUGGAAUUUGACAACCUUCGAAUGCUCCCCAGUAACACCGAGACCAUCACAAACGAAUCAACAAAUACCAACCUGAUCACUAACAGCAUCAGCUCCCUGUGCUCCAUCUGUGGGGACCGGGCUACUGGCAAACAUUAUGGGGCAUCCAGCUGUGAUGGCUGCAAAGGCUUCUUCAGGAGGAGCGUCCGCAAGAACCACGUCUAUUCCUGCAGGUUCAGCAGACAGUGUGUGAUAGACAAAGACAAGAGGAACCAGUGCCGGUAUUGCAGGCUGAAGAAGUGCUUCAGAGCUGGCAUGAAGAAAGAAGCUGUGCAGAAUGAGCGCGACAGGAUCAGCAUUCGCAGAAGCAGCUAUGAGGACAACAGCUCGCUCUCCAUCAACGUCCUCACUCAGGCAGAGGCCAUGGCACAGCAGUAUUCAGCACUGAGUCCGGUGCACAGCACGGACAUUGCCAUGAAGAAAGUGGCUACCAUCAAUGAUGUGUCUGAAUCUAUGAAGCAGCAGCUUCUGGUGCUGGUUGAAUGGGCAAAAUACAUCCCGGCGUUUUGUGAGCUGCCACUGGAUGACCAGGUUGCCUUGCUUAGAGCCCAUGCGGGGGAACACCUUCUCCUCGGGGUAGCCAAGCGGUCCAUACCAUACACUGAUUUUCUGCUAUUAGGGAAUGACUUCAUCAUCCCAAUGCACUGCCCAGAACUAGAAAUUGCUCGUGUGGCCACCAGAAUCUUGGAUGAGUUGGUGAAGCCCUUGCGGGACAUCCAGAUCGAUGACAAUGAGUAUGCUUGUCUCAAAGCCAUCAUCUUCUUUGAUCCAGACUGUAAAGGCCUGAGCGAGCCUGCGAAGGUGAAGAACAUGCGCUUCCAAGUCCAAGUUAACCUAGAAGAUUACAUCAAUGACCGCCAGUACGACUCCCGAGGCCGGUUCAGCGACAUCCUCCUCCUACUGCCCCCGCUGCAGAGCAUCACCUGGCAGAUGAUAGAGCAAGUCCAGUUCAUGAAGCUUUUUGGUGUGGCCAGGAUUGACAGCCUGCUGCAGGAGAUGCUGCUGGGAGGAACCUCCAUUGACCUUCAGUACCAGUCGGGACCUCCCAACCUCAACCUGGAAUCACUGCCAGGACAUGUCCUCCCAGGCAACAUGAGCUCUGUGAUUCACACUGCUCCAGACCAGGCAAAGCACAGCAAUUCCCUGCCUGUACCCGGAUCUGUCAGUCACACACUUUCCCAUCCGUGAGUCAAGCACCAGGUACCAGACUGCAGCAGGAGUCUCACCAUGAGUCUUCCCACCACCAUCGCCCUCAUUUCAUAAGGGAUUUGGGCUAAUGCUGUUGUCAGUAGGACCAAGACUAUAAGCUGUUUGGAGCAGGGCUUCUGAUUGCAUGUGUCAUCAGCUAACUUGGUGUGACCAUGACCUUUUUAAAGCCUUCGGCCGCUACCACUGUAAAACCAAAUGCCUUACAUAGCUCCUGAUAAUUGUUACUGAGUCCAGUCUAUCUUAAAUUGUCAGUAUGAAAACGUCUGUUCCCAUUAAAAAUUUAAUUACACUCCCAUUUCUCCUGCUGCAUGUUAAGCUCUAGGAAGAAUAUGUUAACCCUUAGCAGGCCAAUGGUUUCUUAUGCCAAAUAGAUGUAUCUUUUUCCACAUCUAAUGUUGAUCACUUAUUAUUUGUGAUCAGGAACACCAGCGUUUGUGUUGUCUUCUAUAAUUUCCAAUAUACAUAGAGCCAUUUGAUGUAUCCUCUACUCUGUGUGUGCAUCUAAUGCAGCUCCAGGAUAGGAGCAAGGAUCUCUGCAUCAGCCUGUGGCUGCUGGCUGUGGUAAAACCACAACUGGCCAGAAGCUCAAGAAGCUAUUGACUUACCAAAUCACUGCUUUGUCUCUUGUGCAAACUUUUACUGUAAACAUAUUUGGAAGAAGUGAGAGUAGUACAAAAAUGCAAUGAAAAAAUGCUGAUUUCCCGGUACAUAAAUAUGAUUUUUG